AUGGGUGCCAAGAUUGUGGCCCCCAUCGGCUUCCCCUCCCUGUCUCUGGCUGACCAGAUGAGUCUGCUGCAGAGCGGCUGGAUGGAGAUUCUGAUCCUUCGAGUGGUGUUUCGCUCGCUGGCCUUGGAGGACAAGCUGGUGUACGCCGAGGAUUACAUCAUGGACGAGGAGCAGUCGAAGCUCGCGGGGCUGCUCGACCUCAACAACGCCAUCCUGCAGCUGGUGAAGAAGUAUAAAGCCAUGGGGCUGGAGAAGGAGGAGUUUGUGGUCCUCAAAGCUAUCGCACUCGCUAACUCAGACUCCAUUCAGAUUGAGGACUUGGAAGCAGUUCAGAGACUCCAGGACGUCCUUCACGGGGCCCUUCAGGACUACGAGGCCACCCACCGCCUGGAGGACCCUCGGCGGGCCGGGAAGCUAAUCAUGACCCUCCCUCUCCUCCGUCAGACAGCCGCUCGCGCUGUCCAGCACUUCUGCAGCAUCAAACAGGACGGCCGUGUGCCCAUGCACAAACUGUUCCUCGAACUGCUGGAGGCCAAGGCCUGACCCCAACUCAGACUACCCCAAGCUGCUUCCUGACCCCCCGCAGUGGGUAACAGGAAGUGAAAGAUAACGGGUAAUGGUGGGGUUUGACACCAUGUAUUUGUCCAUUUCAGCUUUGACUUAAAGUUUUGAUUCUGCAAUCGGCAGGAAGUAUGUUUUAUAGGCAGGCAGACGAGACAUUUUAGAGCAAAAUCCUUCCAACUCCCAAUGAAAGUUUGAAUGAAUUGGUUUAAUUGUCUCGACAACCAGGACAUUUUCAUUGUUGCUGUUUGCGCUGACCUGCUACGAAAAAGUCUAAAAGCGGAGAGACAGCAUUAGAGCAGAAGAAAGCACGUUCUAGAGAUAUUUAUAUCAACAUGCCAAACGUAGAGCUUCUUUUGUCAAAAGACCCAUGAUACUUGAAGAUCCUGAUGGAUUAUUUCAUCCAUCUUGAAGCCUGUUAAUCUGCAUUCUAGUGCAUUUAGAGAGCCUUUUGAUGAUUUGAUUUUGUUUUGUCCUUUUGAAGAGUCAAGGUCAAUGUGUCCUAAGAGGUAAGUCUUGCCAAAGAGUAAAGACUCGUACUAUUAAUACCAGCAUUGGUCCACAAUAAUAUAAUGUGGCCUGUAAGACAUUCACAUAAACAUGUAUUCCUGCUGUGUUGUGUAUAGCAAAUUAUCUAACCACUACAUUCAUAUAUAAACAAUUAAAGGGAAGCUAUAAAGUGGUCGGCAUCUCUUAUAACAAUAAGCGGCGUCCUUAUUUUAGUAGAAAUGUUCAGGGAAAGAGUACUUAAUGAUACUAAUACAAUUGUUUGACAGCAAAGUGUUAUUUAUUUAAAAGUGGCUCUGUUGGUUUGCUGUUUAUUUUUAUUUCCUAAUGUGGCAUUAACAAAGAGUAGAUUUAAGACAUUACAGUGGAUAAUACUUUUUUAAAAAGAUUUUUAAAUGAUAUCAUUGUAAAAUAAUUUUUUACUAGCUUCUCUGCUACAGCACUGAUGUACCAUAUAAUUUCUUCGAGGCAACAUGAUUAUAAUUGGAGAACGUACUUGAAGAUCAUAAUGUCGUAGAGUUGAUGUAAACACGUAGAUUAAAAUGUAACUAUGUAAAAUGGCUGCCACACUGUAUAAUCUGGAUUAGCGAGGCAUUUGAUGUCCUUUCUACGGUAGAAGUCUAUGUGUAGGAUGAAAUUUGUGCACUACUUUAGCCAUAAAGUCUGGGGAAACUGGUGAUGGCGCUCUGUAAAUCUGUGUUUUGUGUGAAGAGUAGUUAUAUCUAAAACUUGUCUUUUUUUCCGCACAUGAUAAAUGAAGGGAAUAAACUGGGUAGGAAACGCAGUACAAUGAAUAAAGGUCUUGCUCCUUAAGGUACUGUGACACUAUAACGUGCAUAUUUUUGUGACAAGAUGACGGCAGCAGUAUGCCGGAUUAAAUGUAUGUACUGUACGUUUCGCUGUAUAUACGUCAUGUCUUAUGCCAACAGAGAUGUUUAAAGAUGCAAAUAAGCUUGGUUUGGAUGAGCUGUGCCGUGCUAUUUCAUUCUCAGGUGGAUUCUUGGGCAAUAAACAUGAUCCCCUUAA